AUGGUGGGCCUCAAGUUAUCAAUGGCUGAAGUUGAUAGAGGUUUUGUUACAUUGGUUGCUUCUGACCAUUCAGGAUUUGAGGUUUGCAACCCAAAUGGUCAUUGGUACCUAGCAGAUGCGGGCUCAUGCCCUGAUGUCCUAUUGCUUUCGACUGGAAGAGCCUUAUCAUGUUACUGCUGGUCUACAGCUAAAUUCUCAGCCAAAUCUGCCAUGACCAGGGAUAAGUACCCCGAUAGAAUCCCGGUGAUUGUUGAGAAAGCUGGUAGGACUGAUGUCCCUAAAAUUGAUGAGAAGUAA